GGGUCGGUGAAGAAAGGAGCUAAAUUUGUGAUGUAAACAUUAGAGUGAGAUGUUUUUGACUGGCUUGGCUAGUUACAGUAACUUCUCUGUAACAGCACAGGGCCUGGCGCUGAUAGCCAGUUAGCGUGAAGCUGCGGAGUUAGCUUAGCUGUAUACAUCAGAAAGCAGAUUUUUUUAUUGAUAUAUUUGAUUUGUAGAUUUUCGUGAAAACACGUGUUUGCGUUUUUAACGCUCUUCGUUCUUCAGUGGUCUGUCCGCCAUCCAGCGCCAUGAGUUUCCUGCUAACUGGUUUUUAUCGACACAAGGGUGCGUCCCAAACCGAACAAAACAACAAGUCGUAUUAGUACAUUGUUAACGGUGUCAUGGCUAUUUUUGACCUACACUUUAGUGUGUAGUGUGCGGUUUGAGACGCAGACUCAGCGCGAUGAAAUAAAAGCCGGCUUGUCUACAUACAAAUGGCGAAUGCUAAAAUAUCACUCUGCAGGACGUUUAUUGCACUACCUGGCGCACAGGACCUAUUAUUCCAAUACCACAUGUAGUGCACAUUCAUAAGGAGUAGUAACCCGAUUGAGAUCAAGCCACUGCCCGGCGUUGUAAGGCGCAUGCGCGAUGCGAGCCGGGCCCUAUUGACACUCCAUCACAGUUGUGUCCAUGUGCUCGCUGGUGAACUCACUUUCUCUCAGCUCAACUAAUCAGUGGCCUUUAAACUGCUGACUCGAGCCGGAUGGGCAACGUGUAGAGCUUAAACCUCUUCAGAAAUGUUUUAGGUACGGCGAUUCUCCAUAUAAAAAUCAAUUCUUGGAGUGAGCACAAUGGCAGUUCAUGGCUUCCAUUGGAGAUGAGGACUUGCGAAACGGGGCAUCAAAGCCAGCCCUUGUUGUCCAAGCAAGAUCUGCCAUUGUGCGUUCGUCCAACAAUCAUGCAUCUUUCGCUCACGUUGAAAGGAAACAGCAUCAUUCUUUAGCCUUGGUUAACCCCGUACCUCGUCCUAAUGUGAAAGUGGUACAUGAGCGGCCUCAUCACUUCUCAGGGAUUUCCUCACAGCGCGCCUCUCCGUCAGUGCCUGCAGGGAUUGUACACACCCAAAGCACAGGUGCCCUUUCUUCUAGCAGCAGUUGUAGGGAUACAAGAGCGCACAGUGCCAUUUCGAAGAGCUCAGUUCAUAUCGGUGAUCCCACUGCUGUGUGUCAGAGCAGUUGCCAUUUAGAGCCAGUUAUUCACGGAUAUCAGUCACACAGGCACCUAAACCCGCUCAGGUUAAGGUCAAGACUUUUAGGAAAAAGAGCUUUUACACCCCCGCUCUCAAUUUAUUCUCAUUGUCCUUCCCCACCCAAGACAUCUUUGCACAAAGCAUCUGUGAUAGUUGAAAAAAGCAUGCCUGUGAAUCAGUCAUACCCAUGGUCAAGGAGCAAGCUUAGAAGCAACAGCAUUGGGGUUUACCGCUCCUCCACUGCCAAGCUGUCUACAGUUGCCAGGAUAGAGACAAAAGAGUUAAAGAAGUCUUGCGAUUUGAUUUAUGGCAAGAGCGAAAGCAAAAAAGACAUAAAGAAACACAGCCAAAGAACAGUGCCUUUAGAGGAUAAAUACACAGAUGUGCCUCCAAACCAUAUUUUAGACUUGUCCGAGUAUGACACGAUUGUUGCUGUGGAUUCAAAAGAGAAUGAGCAUAUAGUGGAAUGCUGCGUGGCACAUGGAGACAGUGAAGCACCUCGGAGAGUGAGGAAAGUCAGCUCUGAGGUCGAGUUCACAGCAGCUGUACGAAAGCUCACUAAAAACAUGGGCAGUGGAUCACCAAAUGGUCUGAGUGGGCCAGCAACAGCCAACUUCAAUUCUCAGUGCAAAAACAGAGAAGUAAAGGCAGGUGCCAAUUCUGCAAUACAAGUUUCUGCAGUCUGCCUUAUUAAUGGGAGUGAAGAGUUUCACAUGGACACGCAUCCUUCCAGUACCCGUUGCCUAGAUGAAAAUUCUCCCUGUGUUCAGAUGACUCAGGACAGUAUAUGUGCCAUUCCAGAUAACAUUGAUCACAGAACGGACUCUAAUCAGUCUCCUACAGUUUACUCAGUAAUGAACAAGAUCUCUGCCAUACAAAUUACAAAAGACUGCUGUUGGCAAACCUCAGAAGAGGACUCAAGCCAAUGUUCUAUGACCGUGGAUGAGGAGAGGCUCCCUGAUACCAGGGGUCAGGUCAACGUGUUACGAGAUGGUGAACAGAAGGAGCUUCCAGAGGAGUUACAGAAUGUUUGCAGUAGCAGUAACGAUGAUGGAUCAGAAUCUGAUACCUCUUCAGCACCCUCUGUUGUGUCGUCAUCCAAUGUUGAGUCCAUGAGUUGUGAAUUGGAGGUUGAUCAGGUGGUGAAGCCAGCACUAGUGCCCAGCCUGUUUCCUUUUAGACCCCCUACAUUAUACUUUAGUGCCGCCAAUGAACAAGUGGAGCUGCUUCCUCUGGAGCAGAGGAGUCUUCUGAAAUGGAAACUAAGUUCUGUCACCCCUAAUGUAGUCAAGAACACAAUCACAAGAUCUCAUUUUAAAAUCACCAAGAACAGUCAUGACUGGCUGGGCUGCUGGGGCCAUCAUAUGAAAUCACCUGGGUUCAAGGCUAUUCGAGAAUACCAGAAGCUGAAUCAUUUUCCAGGGACCUUUCAGAUCGGACGGAAAGACCGUCUGUGGCGGAACCUGUCCAAGAUGCAGAAGCGGUUUGGCAAGCAAGAGUUUGGCUUCUUCCCACGUUCCUUUGUGCUCCCGCAGGACAUGAAACCGCUGAGGAAGGCCUGGGAGGAUGGAGGAAGCCGGCAAAAAUGGAUCAUCAAACCGCCUGCUUCAGCCCGAGGAAUGGGUAUUCAGGUUAUUCACAAGUGGAGUCAAAUGCCACACAAGAGACCACUCCUUGUGCAGAAAUACCUUCACAAGCCCUACCUCAUUAGUGGGAAUAAAUUUGAUCUGCGUAUCUAUGUGUAUGUGACUUCUUAUGACCCACUCCGUGUUUACAUCUUCAACGAUGGACUCGUCCGCUUUGCAAGCUGCAAAUAUUCCUCUUCAAUGAAAAGCCUUAGCAACAAGUUCAUGCACUUGACAAACUACAGUGUGAACAAGAAGAACUCAGAAUAUCAGACCAACAGUGAUGACAAAGCCUGCCAGGGCCAUAAAUGGGCACUGAAGGCGCUCUGGCAUUAUCUGGAGUCAAAAGGAAUAAAUACUACUCUUAUCUGGGACACGAUUAAGGACAUGGUCAUUAAAACUAUCAUUGCGUCAGAUUCAUAUGUAAACACCUUGCUGAAGAUGAAUUUGCGUUCCGCGUACAGCUGCCAUGAGCUGUUUGGAUUUGAUAUCAUGCUGGAUGAGAGCCUGAAACCAUGGGUUCUUGAAGUCAACAUCUCUCCCAGCUUGCACUCCAACAGCGCACUAGACUUGAGCAUUAAGGGCCAGAUGAUCCAAGAUGUGCUGAACCUAGCUGGUUUUGUGCUCCCUAAGAAAGAAGAGAUUAUUCUCUCCAGCAGUAGUAGCUGCAGCUCCACCAGCAGUUUGAACGAAGGAGCAUGGGAGAAAUCUAGAUCUGACUUGACUACUGAUGAGAAAAUGAAACGAGCUUUUUAUCUCACCCAGAACUUUGGUGACCAGGAUUUCUGCUCCACGAUUCUGGAAGUGUUAACCCCUGAUGAUGUGAACGUUCUGGCUGAGAGCGAGGAUGAGCUGAGUCGCCUUGGAGACUUUGAACGCAUCUUCCCUUCUCCUACUACCUCCAGCUACCUCCGUUUCUUCGAGCAGCCUCGCUACCUCAACCUCCUUCUUAAUCAAUGGGAACAGAAAUACAGUCAAAACCGGAGCAAAGGUAUCAUACUGCUGAAAAGUCUUUGUCAGAAAAGGGUACACUUAGGGAAUCUUGCUGACUCUACACAUAAUUGGUCAUCAAAAUCCAAACGUAGACACUGUGCAGACCGCCAGAGCACCUCACUUGCCAAGACAGUGUUUACAAAAUCAUGUGCACGUUUGAGUCGUUGUGUAAGAUCCCAGCUGGAUGAAGAUGAUGAGUGGACUGACCAUGAUGUACAGGCAGUGACCGCCAGUGUUCCAGACAUGUCUGGUGGGAUCAGUGACCCCAAAUUGACAUGUGGCCAACAGCAGACUGCCUCACCAGGACUACCUGUGAGAUAAGUCAUGCACAAGUGAACAUCCAGGACUUCCAAAACAACGCACAAAAAAAUUAAACUUGCACAUUUUUCAUAUUUUGGUAGAGGCUGUUGGGUGUUCUGCUUUAUGAAUAGUUGCUAGAACCAACCUUUUUAUUUUUGCAUAAUUCUCUCCCCUCAAUUUCUGUUAAAUAAGGUUUAGUCCCUCUCUGGAAGUGGAGCUCAUAGUAGACUGGGAAGACUGAUGACUGUUUUAAUCAUAUACCUAUUUCACCACUUCUAAGACUAAAGUUAUCAUCAUCAUCAUCAAAGGACAGAGCAGGAGACAUGUUUGAAUCACAAAGAUACAUACACAUAUGCUGUGUUCAUAUAUGCAAGCUGUUUUGUUGAAAGGAGUCAUGUCUGCAUGCAUGAGCCAAUCAGAUUCCUCUCUUGCUUUGUUUACAUUAUGGAAAGGCCCGCCAUUGAGCCUCUGUACUACUUACAAUUGUUAAUGAAUUUUUCAAAGACAGUUAAGUGUAACAAAAAUAAUAAUAUUCAUUAACUUAUAACGUGUUUCAUUUUAUCCUAAGCAAAUCAAUAUUUGGUGUAGGAUUUUCACAAUAAAAGUAUUUGAAAUAAAUCAA